CUUCGCCAUUGUUCGCAAAUGUGCGAAACUUUUUACAGCUCAUCAUUUUUUUCAGUUUUUGUUUGUUUAAUUUUAAAGUUACAUUAUAUUUUGUAAAGUUCUCAGUUCAUAAAAUACAACCGGUUCAACUGAUUGAUAAGUUUAUAGAUGAAUUUCACAAAACUCUUCUCAUGUUGUUUACUACUAAAUCAGAAUUUUUGAACACAACUUAUGUAUAUAACUUUGUAAUAUUUGUUGCAGAAUUUCACAUUCUAUUAUGUUUAUAAACAAUUAAUUAUCAGCCAUGGACUUAGAAGACAAUGAAAUUUCAGAAGAAGAUUUUUUGCGAAUGCAUGACCGUCAAUGGAAUAACGCUUCGAAUUACAGAAAUGCUUCUGAAAUCAUGAAUCCCAUUCUUACUGUUGAAAAUCCAUAUAAAAAAAGAAGAGAAGAUGCAGCUCAUUUGAAUUUUAAACCUUUGGAAUUGAACCUACAUUGUGGAAAGACUCAAAAAAGUAAAUUUUCUUUUCCCCAAUGCCUAUCAUACCGCGAAAAUGGAAUGACUAGUCAGAGUAAUUUCAACUCUCAAAUUUUAAAACUGAAAAUGCGACAGCUAAAAUGGGUCAGCAUGAGUCAAAUAGACUUUUCGGAUUAUGUAAAUUGCUACUAUGUUACUGGUUUUAAACGAAAUAUAAUAGGAGCAUGGACCUAUCAUGAGUAUUCAGCCACAUUACUUGAAUCUGUGUCAUUCCAAUACAAAAAGCUCGAUUCAAAAAGCAACAACGUUGAGACUAGUAUUUCACAAGUUUCCUACACACAUAUUGCUACACUACCUAGUUACAAAGUAUUUGAUAUGUGUGGUUUAACUAGUGGCAAUCAAGAUUAUGUACUUUAUGUGGCUAAUUCCUAUUCUCGGCAUAAAAACAUGGCCUAUCUUGCUCGUGCUGGAGUUAAUAAUGGAGGUGAGGCACCGCGAGAUGAUAUUGUUAGAAGGUUUGAGCAUCAAGAUAUACUCUGGAGUUGCUCUUGGAACGAUAAUAAAAAACGAUUUGCAAUAGGCGCUGAUAGAUGCUUUUACUUACAUGACUACCAGAGCUUUUCUAAGAAGAUUGAGUUAUCGAAAGGACAACCGUAUUCUUUAGAUUUUAAUAGUGAUGGCAAUAUUUUGUACUGUGGUCUUCAUCAGGGCGACUUAGUGUGCUAUGAUCUUCGUACUGAAGCUGUACCUGCUAUGACUAUACCCUUAUGUACUAAUAUAUCAUAUAUAAAACUUAUGUCUCAUGAGAGGAAUGUGGUUGCAAGUGGAUUCAAUAGUGUUCUCCUCAAUGUUGAUUUGAGAGCCAAAAAAGAAGUCUUUCAAUAUCCACAUCACUACAGCCUCUAUAAAAAAUUAACUUUUAGUUUUAAUGAGUCAGCUAACAUCUUGUGUGCUCCUGGUGAAGAUAACAUCACUAGACUAUGGUCACUGAGUGACGGAGAACUUUUGCAUUCACUUCCUUUACCAAAUGCACAAGAUUAUUGUGGUCAAAUUAAUUCUUUAUUUGAAGCUGAUGAUAGAAGAAUAUUUGUACAUAUUCUACUAGGGGAUACAAUUCAUACAUUUGAAUCCUUAGAAGACUGUAAAAACAUUCAGCCGGUUGCAUUGAGUGCAAGAUUACGCUCUUAGUCAGUUUAGUGCAAUGUUUUAUUUAAAUGUAAAGAUGAAAUUGUUUUAAAAAAGUAUUGAAAUAAUUAAAUGUUAUUAAAAGCUUAAAUUAUC